AUGGCGCCGCAGGAAUAUCAAGUUCAUAGGUUGGAUGGAAACCAAGCGGUGCGAAGAGAUAGUGCCGAUGCUGUGAAAGAAGCAAUGUCGGAAGAACACCAAAGCCGUCUAGGAACUGACGACUAUCUAUUUUCCACAGGCAUCACUCAUCUUCGUCUAUCAUAUAACCGCCUUUCCGCCCAUGGCAUACAAAAACUGCUGCGUAUAUCCAAUGGUUGUAUAGAAGACCUGACUUGCGAUGCCAUGCCUUUGCUCCCCAACGUUGGGACUUACCGCAAGGCUUGGCCACCUAAGUCUAACCUGGACGGUAUUUUGGGCGCAGCACAUUUGUUCAGGCCCGUAUUUUCGUCCAACCUACGUGUGCUCAGAAUUCACCACUCUCUCGUAACGAAUAUACCGAGUUUGCAAAUGGUGGGAUUGUCGUCCUUGGCACGAUUAUUUCUGUCCGAAACGGCCAUUCUACGACGUGUAGAGAGGGCCUAUCCCCAAACAUUCACACCGGAUAUGAAUCCACGCCUGCUCUCUCUAACCUUGACUUGUCUUCCCCGUCGAUCAUCCGGGCCGUUGAUCUCGCGACUGCUUCAAUUCCUCAAACUACUGGCCAUCCAAGAGCGCGGGAUCCAAGAGGCGUUGUUAAGCGCAUCGACGCGGCGCAGCCCCGGCGUCUUACAGGGUCUGAGACAUUUGAGGCUAGAAUUCGAACCUGAUUCUAUGGAAGAAGGCUUUUCGACGUCAGAAGAUCUUGACCCAGAGGAAUUGAUGAACAGUGGGGAAAAGGUCUUUAGUUUUUUUGAAGAUGAACGGAUGGAGAGCUGGUCGAGAUCUCGCGCUAGACAAAUGCUGCAUUCCAAAAGGGUGGCUGUACACAGUCCUGCAGCAGUUGAUAACCAGGCGUCUGGAUCGGACCGAGACAACCCAGAGUUUGUCACAUAUGAUGCCGACUGGAGCGGCGAUAGGUUUUCCAUUCCCGUAUGGGCAGGCCCAAAUGACCCUGAUGCGCCAGAAGUACUGAAAGACUACCGACGCCUGGUUCUUGAACGUCAUGUAAGAGAUGGCGUUGGGCCUGCAAGUCCAGCUCAGAUUUUAGCCGGGGCGCCAUCCAGAUCGUUCAUCUUUCAUGUCGCGUGGAGUGCCGCGGUGAUGCCCUCAGACCUGCGGCCCCCAACACGCAGUGAACUUGCUGGAAUGAGUGAUGUCCUCGAUGAACUCAAGACAUAUCGUUUGAAUGGACGAGCCAACUACAUGCAGCAUAAGGAGCUGGCGCAAAUGGCUGGCCGUCAUGUUUCACUGGGAGAAACACACUUUUUUUGGACUGGACGGUUAGAAGUCUCAACUGAAGCUACCCUGCCUCUGGCGCAGUCAUCGCAGUACUGGAGAUGA